AUGAGCACUAGGGCGGAUUCGAACCUCCGAUCGAUCGUGCACGAAGCGGAACCUCUAACCGCUACACUACACACACCACACCAAAAAGAUAUGGUAACGGAAUACAAAUUCAUGACUGAAAGACGGAAUGUUGUGUUUACGGAUCUUUUUGUGGUCUUGUUCUCUUGUGAGAUUAAACCAUGUCGCUCAAUAUUUCUUCUUUUGUAA